UUUAAUAUACCGACCAUCACCCCCCUCAGAGACUAUGUCUGCGGUCGUCGCUACGACUAUUUCGACCAGCUUGCCGAAUAAUCCUUCGCAUCGUAAUUCAUCGCCAAUGGACGCGAAAAAAGCUGGUCUCGAGAGCGAAGACUCCCGGGCGCCGUCGUCGGAUGUCAAAGAUUCCAAGCCUGAUGUAGACUCUCAAACCUCGUUGGCGCCUCCUCCGCGACCAGCCAUAACAAGUGCUACUGAUACCCCCGACUACUUCAACUCGGUUCAUAAUCCCUUUUCUCUGGAACCCAACCCCUUCGAGCAGUCCUUCAGUGGCGGUGGUUCUGGCGAAACGCCAGGCAAAUCCAUACUUCCUCCUGUUGCAGCUCUCACUUCUCCUGCCCUGCCUGGCACUACCUCAGCCGGCGGUGGCUACGGCUGGUCCAACUCGUUGCGCUCUGGGCCUCUUAGCCCAGCCAUGCUCGCAGGCCCGACCGGCUCCAAUGAUUACUUCGAUAGUAUUGGCCGGGGAUUCCCUACUCCCAACGAAUCCUCUCUCCGUACUGGCCUGACUCCUGGUGGAGGAGGCUCUAUGUUCCCUGCCCCUAGUCCAAACUCCCAGGCACUCCUUCAACAGCUGCAAAGUGGUGGUGCGACGCCAUCCACCAUCGAGUUCCACCGGACUGCUUUGAAUGCUGCGAAGAAGAAUAGCCUUAAUGGUCCCACGUCUAAUCCAGCCGUUGAAUCCGAUCCAGCAUCACAGUCCUCCAACAUGGAUAUCAAACCAAGCCAGCCAGCAGGAGCCGACCCCUUCGGUCACCAUGAUGCUGCUGAUGCAGCUAAUGGACUGUUCAUGCUAGCCAAGGGUGGACAGGCAAACCCUAACCAAUUCCCUGUUGCCAACCAGACAUCAAUUCAGCCACAGAACAUUCAGUCCAAUGAACAAUCCCUCGACGCUGGCGCUGAUAGACGUAACUCGCAGAACAUUAAUGGGUUGGCCCACGGCGGCCGGUCGUCAAGUGAUGCCUCUGAUAUGCAAGGCGAACAAACGAAGCCUGCUGCCAAGGGUAAGGCUAAGAAGGCCACUGCUGCCAAGACUGGUGCCGCCGCGAACAACAGGCGCAAGGCUGAGGAUGCACCCAAGGGUGCCAACAAGAAGGUUAAAACGAGUAACAGUGGUAGUACCGAACCUCCUUCGGAUAUCGGUGACUCGGAUGAUGAUGAGGACGAUAUGAAGAAGAAGGGCACGGCAGACACGAAGAAGAUGACUGAUGAAGAGAAGAGAAAGAACUUCCUGGAAAGGAACAGGGUCGCGGCACUGAAAUGUCGUCAACGAAAGAAGCAGUGGCUCGCUAACCUUCAGGCUAAGGUUGAACUAUUCACCUCUGAGAACGAUGCACUUACCGCCACUGUUACUCAGUUGCGGGAAGAGAUUGUCAACCUCAAGACUUUAUUGCUUGCGCAUAAAGACUGCCCAGUCUCGCAAGCCCAGGGUCUCGGCCCUCUAAUGAUGAACGGCAUGGCGACCGGAUUUGAUGCUCACCCCUAUAAUAUCCCAAGCCAAAUGGGAAUGCAAGGGCCGCCAAUUCCUGCCCAGGGGCUCCGACGAUAAUGAGCCGUGUACACGAUUGAUUUUAUUCUAUGAUUAGCUCUUGGACCGCACUGAACAUUGCAGAGAGCAGAUGCCAUAUCGGUGCCAGUCCAGCCCGGCUUCUUUUUAAGCUCUGUACUGUUGGCUAUUUGUGUCCCAUGCUUCUGUUUUAUUCUUACAUUUUUUCUUUCUUUCUUUCAUUUACUUCUACCUUUGCUUUGCUUUAAAAAGGGGUUUCUUCGGGGUUACCGGGGGCUUUUCUUUUUCAUGGGUUAACGUUAGGGUUGUUUGGGAUUGCUGCCUUUUUUAGCGUGUCUUACUAGGGGACAAUAACAUGGAUGCUAUUUCUAUUUGAGUCAUCUACUUCUCGACAGACCACGCAUUGGGUUGAAUUGACUUGAAUUGACUUGAAUUGGC